CUGGAACUCAGAGAACAUCCACAGCUCAUCACCAACCGGGUCUCCAUCAAAAUCAUUGGACUCCGAAGCCGCUCAUUUCAGUAGUACAUGCCGUCAAGAUUGAGUCACUUGUCAACGCAUCACACACUGCAAUAAUUCAAACAACUUGGAAAAAGGCAUCAAGCUUAAAACCCGUGAGGAGAAAGGAGACCGCAACAAUGAAGUCGGCAAACCCAGACGUCCAGCACUUCCUGGCCAUCCCCUGGUGCGCCGCGCACCUCAACGAACCAGACACGGUCCGCGACACGGCGCCCUCGCGGUUCCCCAAACAAAACACAGAAGACCAGCUUUUUUCGACGACGCUCAACACGGCGGAUACAAUUGCCGCGUACCUGACCUUUUACAAGCGGCCGUCGUCUUCGUCAUCAUCAUCAUCCUCAAGUACCUUGACCUCAGACGUACCAAAGGACGACGACGCCGGCCCCACCAUCAUCCGCCAGCUCAAAGCCCUCCUCACGCUCCGCAGCGGGAUAAACGGGUACCCGGACGUCUCGCACGGCGGCAUCGUCGCCACGAUUCUGGACGAGACGAUUGGGCUCGUGUUUCCCGUCAACAAGAGUAACGGGUUGAUUCCCGACGCGGCGUACAUGACGGCGUAUUUGAACGUUACGUAUGUGAAGCCCGUGAGGACGCCGCAGACGGUGCUGUGUGUCGUUGAGGUGACGAAAGUUGUCGGAAGGAAGUGGUGGAUCGAUGCGAGGAUCGAGGAUGAGGGGGGCGCGGUGCUGGCGAGGGCGGAGAGUUUGUAUGUGAGGUUGGUUGAGAAGCUUUGA